AUGUCAGCAGCUGUUUCGCAGGCGCCGCCUCAAAGGCAUGCUCGAAUUCUGGCAUGCGUCCUCUGCCAGCAUCGAAAAAUCAAAUGUGAUCGCAAUUCGCCAUGCUCCAACUGCAUCAAGGCAAACGUGACAUGCGUUCCGAGCACGCCGGCGCCUGCUCGUAAACGACGCCGUCCCAAUCAAGACCUUCAGGAGCGGUUGGCGCGCUGUGAGGAGUUGCUCAAACAAUACGCGGAUGGCUCUGCCCCGAGCCAGAAACUGUCGCGCCAGCAGACCGGCACGCCAGCAAUGACCGACCCCAAGAGACCGGUUGAAUCGGAAUCUCAACCCGUGGGACCCGAAAAUUCGAGCAAUUGGAAGCCAGCAUGUCGAAUGGUCAAUGAUGAUGGGAGUGUUCGGUUUAUGGACAGUUACAUCUGGGCGACAGUAUAUGAAGAGCUGCAAGCCAUGCGAGAUAUUAUUGAUACCGAGGAUCCCGAGGACUCCAGCAUACUCGGCUCAGAAGAGUUAACGCCAGAGAACAAUACUGACUUGUUCUUUCCUGGAGACCUCUCCACCGCCAGCAUCGACGAUUUGGUUCCAGAUCCAAUCCAUGCCUUCAAACUAUGGCAACUCUUCUUGGAGCGCGUGAAUCCCUUGUUCAAGGUGGUCCACGUCCCCACCGUGCAGCCCAUGGUCAUGGAGGGUGCUACCAAUAUUGCUAGCCUGAGUUAUUGCCAACAAGCGCUCGUCUUGUCCAUUUACACGACCGCAGCCCUCUCUUUGAGUGAUGCCGAAUCCAUCCAACUGCUCGGCAUGUCCCGAGAGUCAGCUAUUCAAAAAUUCCUGGCUGGAACAAAGGUGGCCUUGAUACGGUUCAACUUCUUAAAAAACUACAACAUGACUGCUUUACAGGCUUUAGUCCAUUUCAUGCAUUGUCUACAAGGACGAUAUGACCGUCAUGCUGCCUGGGUGCUUACUGGUGCCAUUGUCCGCAUUGCUCAAAAGAUGGGUUACCAUCGUGAUGGCGAAAUUCUUGGCCUAGAGCCCUACGAGACAGAAAUGCGCCGCCGGCUUUGGUGGCAGAUUAUCAUUCAAGACGCCAAGUAUGCCAUGCUAUCUGGCCUCAGCCAGUCUUUACUACCCGUGCACUGGGACACAAUGACACCUCAAAACGUCAACGACGCAGAUCUAUUCCCAGGCUCGACUGAGAAAAUUAGACCACGCGAUGGCCCGACUGAAAUGGCCUUUGUCAUGGUUUUGAAUGAAAUAUACAAGUUUAAAAUACAAACAGACAGUAACAACAGCGGCCCGGCAUUUGAGGCUGCCAUUUUGGGACAAGACUUGAGCCCAGACAAGGACGCAUCAAAUGCCAUGCACCAACACAUUUUCGCUAAAUUCCGCCAACACUGUCAAGAGCUUGACGAGAAACUUGGUGUCAUGGAGCAAAAAUACAUUGACGUCAAUGCCGACAACGUGCACAGGGCCGCCAAAAGCAUCCGGCAGAUGCUCAUGGGGAAAGUUCAAGACAUGAUGGUGCCGAUUCAUGAGCAACCCGAGUACGGGACCGAGAUUUUUGGUCCCAAGGACAAUCUUUUCAAGAUUUUUGUCCUAGGAACUGAACAGAGACUGGAGCAGUAUCAACCGAUGGCUGAGUGCGGGUUUCUCUGGUUUGUCAAGUCAUACUUUCAGCUAGACGUGUUUGCGGUCAUGACUGGGCAGUUGUGCCAACGACCUACCGGCAGCUUAGCGGAUCGAGGCUGGGCGGGCAUCGAGCGACUCUAUGGUUAUCACACUGAACUAUUUGACAUGUCGCAGAAGCAAUAUUCCGUUCAGGCGCAAAUUACACUGAAGGGUUGGAGACUACGCGAGCAAGCAUUUAUGCAAGCUGGCCGUCGUCUGGAAACACCGCAGUUCAUCCAGCGACUGCGUGACCUUCUACCUUCAUACGACUCCCGGUCGUCAAUACAGUCAUCCGGAGCCACGCCUCCCAUUCUCGGCCAGAGCGAAGCUCAACGACAAUCGGCGCCGCUGUUUCAAAACACACAAAACCCAAAGAUGCCGCAGCCAAAUGUCGUGCAGCAGCAACAGCCCGGCACAAAUUUAGAUCCCUUCCUAGGGGGCCUUCUCGACAUGUCCAGUGUCAAUUGGGACAUGUUCGGAGACAUGAUGAAUCCCCAUGAACAGCUUUCGGUGGGUAUGUUUGGAUAUGGUGGGUUUCCUGGCGCAACCGACGGCAGCUCAAUAGUCGGCAAUUCUAGCAAUGUGAACAUGGGGGAGUUUGGAUAG